GUGUUUGUUUUGGAAAUUUUAAUGUUUAAUUUUUUUAAAUGUUUGGUUCAGUUCCCUUUGUUCUUUUAUUCAUUUUGUUUUUUUUUUAUAACUCAAAGCUGUUGAUCAAAUUUGAAAAAUCUCUGCGAUGCUGUUGAAAAGUGACUCCUUUAUGAUUUACCUCUUUGGAGUGGCCACUCUGGGCUUGGUGAUGAGCAUGAUCUGUGCGAUGGUUCCACGAUUGCGUCUAUGUCUGGGGAAGAUUUACCAGAUCUAUGCGGAGUACACACCCGUUAUUUAUUUAAGUGAGGAUCGGCUGACACCCGUUUCCAAGAGCCGGCUGAGUCUGGUGGACAAGAAGACCCUAGUGAUAGACAUGGAUGAAACAAUGAUCACAACGCUUAGGAAGGGUAAAUACCAAAAGAAACCGCCUAGUGUGCCGCACGACUUUGAGUUCUACUUGCCGGAAAGCGAUGUCACAUUCUAUGUUUAUAAGCGACCCCAUUUGGAUUACUUCCUAGACCGCGUGUCCAAGUGGUACGACCUCACCAUUUUCACAGCAGGAAUUGAGAUAUACGCAUCGCCCAUAUUGGACUUCUUGGACAGGGGAAAGGGCAUCCUGAAUAGGCGAUUAUAUCGCCAUGACUGCAUCGAUAUUCUUGGACUGAGGGCCAAGUACGUUUCGCUGGCCUCCACAGAUUUAUCGAAUGUCCUACUAUUGGAUAACUCACGGACGGAAUGCAGUUUCAAUGCGGGAAACGCUGUACACAUCAAAUCCUAUCGGAUCGACAGUCGGGAUCAGGCUUUGAUCAACUUACUGCCCUUCCUGGAUGCCCUGCGCUUCACCAAGGAUGUGCGAUCGAUCCUCCAACGAUGCACUCGCUUCGAGUGUCUCACUACACUGCUAGAAAGCGUCACCCAGAAAACUCUCCGCAGUUAAUUAAUUUUGAAUUUUUGUUUCUAUUUGUGUUAUAUUUUAAAGUAUUAAAUCACUCCCAUAUCAAAUUUAA